GUGGAGUAGUGGAUUCUGGACAGCGACAACAGUAAGAAAUUUUUAAGUAGGAGCUUACCGGCUUCUUCGAUUAGAAAUUAAGGCAUUUGAUUGAAAGAAAAGUUAAUAAAGGAUAACAAUUUCGCGAUAGCGAUUCUUGUUCGUUCGUCAGUAAAUUUAUGUAUAAAAUCUCUAAACCUUUCUAAACGAAUGCGGCAAAUUCUGUAUUCUGCUAAGCUGAUAUCGAUCUUAUUUCGAUAGAAUUUUUUUAUUCAUCGUAAAUUGCUAAACGUUCCUAACCUGCAAUGCGGUAGAAAUUUAAUGUUCUGAGUGUUAACCAAUGAGUCCUGGACGUUAACCAAUGGAGACCAAAGUGACCAGUAAAACCAGCAGCUUGAAAGCUCUUCUGCUACGAGCUUGGCGUGAGCGCUGGACCGAUUUGCAAUGGGGUAUCAAUAUCAAGACGAUUCUACCAAGAGGGGUAAGCGGUGAUGUAUACAACUUGGCGGACUGUAUAUUGCAACAAGCGUUAGUGGGACUGGGGCCCAAUCAGUUGGUACUGUCAUACCUGAAGCACUCGCUAAGCUCUCAGUUGGUGUCGUACGCCGCGGUGUUGCAGCGAAUAAGUAAAUACGAUGCGUUUCACAAGCCUCACUGCAUCGUGAGUCUGCUGGAGUUCCUAGAGUCCAUUCAGGUCGGCAUCACGUGCCGUGGCAAGCCGGAGGAGGACCUCCUAGCGGCGGCGGUCUUGUCCAUUGUACAUUGGCUCCUGCAGUGUUACCUGCACACCCUAACGAAGGCGCCCCAGGGCAAUCCUCUCACUCCGCAUCCGAGCGAGCUCAUGGACAAACCUGCCAGUAUCUUGCACCAGAUGCUGAAUUCCGACUUUCUGUGCGCGAUGAUGUAUCUGGCUAAAUACGAUGACAAAGAUCUAUACGUAGAAGUUGUGAAGAAAUGCCAGGAGAUCGAGACACUGCUGAAGACGAGCACUCAAAAGUCCGUGACGCCGAUAGAGGAUUCUCUGAAGAAGUUGUGCAAUCUGGAGAUAGAGAGCUUUUGCCCGGAGAAAACCAAAAUGGAGUCCAUCACCUACUGCCUGCAGCCGCUCUUCACCGUUCAGGUGUUACUGAACCCCAGCACCGAGACUACCGUGUACGUCAAUCAGCUGCUGAUGGUGCAGAGAUUAAAGAGCUAUACGAACGUGCGGCUGUACUGCGAGAUCAUCCGCGCCGGUCUGAUGUGCCUGCACAACGAAGCGCUGACGGUCAAGGAGUCGCAGUGGGGUGCCUUCAUGUAUCUGAAGAUACCUCAGAUAUUGAAGGAGUUGCACAUCGCUAAUCUGAACGGUGACGAGAAGUUCGAAUAUUCGCAAGAUAUCCUGGAUGUGUUCGAAUUGCUGCCUCAGUUCACGCCCUUGCUCGAUAGAAUAGACACCUCGACCUCGAACAAUUUCGCGUGCAAUUACGUGGAAUGCUUGGUGAACGAAUUGCAGAAGGUGAACCUCCUGACGGAGAAGCAAGCGAAGCAGAUAAGCUCUAGGAGGGAGGGAGCGACUAUGGCAUCGGCAAUUCCGAUCGUAGUUGUACGCGCCGGGCCGACACUGAACGGGAUUUUAAGGACGCUGAACGCGGAUGUCACGAAAAUUCAGGAGGGCCUGCUGAAUGUACUGUAUCAAGUGUUAACGGGGAAGAGCUUCGAAUUGAUGUUGGCCGUCGCUACCGCUGAGGGAGAACUGAAGACCUUCGUUAUGAAACUCAUCAAGUUCACUGAAUGUAGCAAACAGAUUAACGAACCCGUGCCUGACAAGAUGGCAGCGACGAGAGCAAUGUUGUUCGACGUAUCGUUCCUCAUGCUAUGCUCGAUCGUGCAAAUGUAUGGCUCCGACGUCGUCCUAGAGGAAGGCGGAGAUUCGUUCUUCGAGCAAUGGGUGCGCGAAUGCAUGCCGGAGAAGAACAAGCUGAAAUCGCCACAGAGGAUGCUGCAGAACGUCGAUCCGACGAGGGUGGACGCGCUGCUGGCGCAGAUCAACUCGCCGGAUCCCGAUUUCAAGUCGAGCAACUUGAAGUGGCACGUCGUAUGCCAGUCGGCGAUGGGCGCGGUGAAGGAGCUGCUCUGCGCGUGGGAGAGCGGGGUGAUGAGCGCCGGCGAGGUGAAGAGGGCACUGGACGGUCUGCGUGCCACAGCCUGCUGUUUGCCGGUCUGCGCUUCCGCUUGGCUGUGCGCGUACAUAAACACCACGCACCAGGACGCUCUGUGCAAACCCAUGAAUAUGGUCACUCACUUCCUGGCGCCGGUUCCGGGUGACGAGCAGGACAAUCUUAAGGACAGAUCCAUCUUGAUGGUCCAGAUUAUUCGGAAAAUGCUACACGACGUGCACCCGCCCCCACAGUCGAAAACGAAGGUCGUGGCGCUCACGAUGUCACACAGUAUUAUGUCACGGCAACCAUUACUGGAACAGUUGGAAUCCGUGUGGCAGAACAUAAAUCAACACGGAUGGAUAGACGUACAAACCGCGCAAUCGAUGGAGUCUCUAUUGAAUACUGGUGGCUCUUUGUGGUUCGUCACGUAUGUGGUCAAGGAAGUGCUGAAGUAUCGUUAUCAACAGGAACUGGAUCAAGCUGCGGAUCUGGCCUUCGCCAUCUUCCACCUCGACAUAGAGAACUGCACUCUGGAUCUCAUAAAUCACAUAAUACCGCAAUACCUGUACAACUCGAUGCAAAGUGACGAGCUUGUGGAACCGCAGUCGUCCAUCCUGGCGAAGUUGUGCGUGUACUGCAUAUUCUCCACCUUGGAGUACAACAACUCGAAUCCGUAUCGAGGAAAUAACCGUAAGCGUGUGCGCCGCGACCUGGACGCGGACGAGCUGGACGCGCUCGGCGUAACCAACAAACUUUUGCGGCUGAACGAGACGGGCGAGAACGUUCCCAUAUUCAGUUCGCAGAGUCCGCAAGCGCAGGGCUCGAGCAACGGCCAGAAGUCGGUGAUCGUACUGAGGGAUCCGCUUAUGACAGCGCUGAACAACCUGUUUACUGUAUUCGCCUUUCUGGCCGGCAGAGACGGUGAGGUAUCUCAACAGACUCACUUCAUAUUCCAGUUCCUGCGACUUAUGGUGCAGUGCGGAAAAGACAGGACUCGCAUCGUAUUACAGGGAAUGCCGCAAACGUUGGUACCCUGCCUUCUCAAAGCAUUGCCCGAAUUAUUCACGACUGAUAUACUCCUGAGAUUAUAUGACAUACAAACGACGAUCGGGCGCAAGGUUACCGCGCGAGACUUAUGCAUGUUGCGAAAUAUUAAGCUGAAGUCCAUAAAAUAAAGAUAUAAUUGUCGCAAAGUAGAAAAUGUAUCUUUUCACGGAUAAAGAUUAUACCGUUGACGAGGGUAUUAUAUAAUUACAUAAAUAUUUCUAUAAUGUACAAAUACUUUAAAUUUGCGUGGCAUUUGAACUGCUAUAUUAGCAGGGCAACCGAUAAAUGUAAUGUACUUGUACUUGUAAACGUCUUAAAUUAUUUUAACAAUUUAUAUGAAAAGAUUGCCAUAUGGGACAAUCGUUUGCGCCGUGAUUUACAUACUGAUCGUAACAGUGAAAAUAAAUUAUAUUUAAUAAUUGUUGAGCUAACUUCACUACUUGUUAUGUAUUAAUU